GGCCUAGCGACAGAGCGGGGACCAGAAGCAGCCGAGCAACGGCGUGAGUAGGUUGCUGCUGGAGAGCUGUAUACAGUCCAGGGAGAAACACCCACACCCCCUUGUCACUGUAUAUGUAGUUAUACUUAUUUUUUUAUUUUAUUUUUAAAUUAAGCUUAACUUGUUUCUGGGUUGAGUGCAAACGAAGAGGUAAUAAAGACGCGAGGAUGUUGGUCCCCGCGGGAAGAUAAUGAAGAGGCUGUGUGUGUUGUUGCUGUGCCUCACUGUAGCUCUCCUGUGCUGGUCUCCCAGGCAUCAUGUCCAAUGUUCAGAACAGCCGUCUUCAGGCCCAGAACUCGCUGCACAGGACGGUACCCCACACUCGACACAGGAGAAGGGGGCUAAUGACAAGGUUGAGGAGGAAUGGGAAUCGGAGUUAUCGUACAGCGUGGGCUUGGAGGCAGAGAGGGCUGCACAAGAGGAGCAGCUCAUACACGACACAACAGAAGAAGACAAACCUGAAAAGGCUGUGAAUAUAGUAGAGCAGGUGGUGGAAGAGGUACACGUCGUGGCAGAGACACAGCAGUCAGAGACAUAUCCCAGCUCUGACCAUCAAGAGUCCGCUCAAACACAAUCCCUGCCGUCAUCUUCAUUGUCACCAUCACCAUCCUCACCUCCACCACAUCAGCUUGAGACAGAACUCCCUAAGGCCCUGCCGUCUCCAGGCGAAGCUGCUGCUGAGGAUACUUCUUCUUCUCCUCCUCGUCUUCCUCCUCCUGCUGCUGCUGAACCAUCCUCAGAUAUCCUCAUAGACCCAAACACUAAUGCGGACAUCAGCGCUGACUCGGGGAACGCACCUGAACCAGCGUCACCUACCUCACACUCCUCCCCGGAAAGCCCCUCCAGUGCACUAGAGGUUGCCAGUGCUGGUGCCCCACUAAAGAACUCUAGUGCCAGUCAAUGUGAGCUGGGCUCUGUGGCCCCCUCCAGCCAGCUCCUUGCCUCUUGCUCCACUCUCAGCAGUGUAUUAGUGGAGUCAGUGGAGAAUCAGGAUCCAGGGACCAACGCCGACCUGACUUCCUCUGUGGAUUCGGCUGAGCCGGUCUUAACACAGGGGGAGCACACAGUCAAUGCCUCAUACCCAUCACAGGACCAGGAAGUGGUGGCUGAACCUGAGCAAGGAACUGAUCCCCCUGUCCCUGGUAAAGAGGACAUCCCCACCUUUGAUGAGUGGAAGAAGAAAGUGAUGGAGGUGGAGGAGAAAAAAAGUCAGUCUUUGCACACCUCAUCCAACGGCAGCCCCCACCCGGUGAAAAAGAUCCAGAAGAACUUUAAGAAUAAUUACGCCUCUGUGGAGUGUGGGGCCAAAAUCCUCGCAGCCAACAAUGAGGCCAAGAGCACUUCUGCCAUUCUAAUGGAGAAUAUGGAUCUUUACAUGCUCAACCCCUGCAGUAAUAAGAUUUGGUUUGUUAUUGAGCUCUGUGAGCCGAUCCAGGUGAAGCAGCUGGACAUUGCAAAUUUUGAGCUCUUCUCCUCCACGCCAAAAGAUUUCCUGGUGUCAAUCAGUGACAGAUACCCGACCAAUAAGUGGAUCAAGCUUGGCACCUUUCAUGCACGUGAUGAGCGCACAGUGCAGAGCUUCCCCUUGGACGAACAGCUGUAUGCCAAAUAUGUUAAGAUGUUCAUCAAGUACAUAAAGGUUGAGCUGCUCUCUCAUUUUGGUUCGGAACAUUUUUGCCCCCUUAGUCUAAUCAGGGUGUUUGGUACCAGUAUGGUGGAGGAGUAUGAUGAGAUUGCUGACUCACAGUAUCCCUCAGAGAGGGUUGAGUACUUGGAUGAGGAUUAUGACCUCCUUUUCAUAGAUUACCCUCCAGGAUAUCAUCCUUCUGAAGAUAAGGCAUCAAAGAACCUCCUGGGUUCUGCUACAAAUGCAAUCCUAACGAUGGUUAACAACAUUGCUGCAAAUGUGCUUGGGGGCAAGCCAGAGCUUGAAGAUGGAGCCGAGAUGGAAGGUAAUAUAUCGUCAGGGACCGAGAACAUCACGGAAGUCACCGAAACUACGCUCACACCAACCUCGACACUCGCGCAGCAACAAGAAAUGCAGCAAACUCCAGAGCUGGAUUCCACUCCGGUGAAGCCAGAUCCAGAAGUACCCAUUCCCGAGUCUCCCUCUACUCCUUCGCCUGAGGAGAGUCGCAUAGUCAUCCUCAUUGAAGAUGAAGAGGAAGAGCCGAGUCCUCCCACGGUGACCCUGCUGGAGGAGGAACGUGACGAGGAGAGGCGGCGCGUGGAGGCACGCCUCAGGGAGAGCGCCUUUUACUGCUCCCAACUUCCCACUUUGUCCUGCUUAGCCAGUCUCCACGAGCACCUGCACCUCUACUGUUCCGCAGCGCUGGCUCUGCAACGGCUACGUCAAGCGCACCACAUGCAUUCCAAUACGCAUACGCCAUCAUCAACACAACUCCCAGACCCCAGUCCAAUCCAAACCCCCUCGUCGCCCUCCGAGAAGUCUUCGGAAGUAGAGCCAACACAAAGUGAAGAGACUGCGCCUACCGACAUGCCUCCUGUUACUCUGGAUCCAAUCGUUGACCCCCAGAUUUUAUUAGAGCCGAGCCACACCUCCUCCCUUCCUCAUCACAGCUACACUGAGACUUCGGUCUCCAAAGCCACGCCCACUGAGGGCAUUCCUGAUUCACUGCCCACAGAUGAGCCUCAGGAUCUGAUGCCACGGUACAUGGAGUACAUUCCCGAAACGCAGACUCACACCUUUACCAGUACCUCUCUCGGUUCCACCUUCACCUCUACCACCUCCUUCAGCCUCACUUCCACCGCUUCACUUCUCAUCCCUGAAACCACAGAGCUACCCCCCACACUCACCAAAGAUCAGCUUGUCCAUUCUGUUCCCACACCUAUCCGGCCUACCGAAAUCCCACCUCCCACAGAACUGCCUGUGCCGGGCCCAGAGCUUUCUGCAGGCGUUGAGGAUGUCCAGCAGGAUGCUGCUCAACUCGCGUCUCAGGAAGAGCCUACGGAGGAGGUGCAGAGCACCCUGCAGCGCACCGCCACAGACUUCUACGCCGAGCUGCAGAACUCGAGCGAGCCAAGCUAUGGGAACGGCAACGGCAACCACGUGCACGGCUCCAACCAGAAGGAAUCCGUGUUCAUGAGGCUUAACAAUAGGAUCAAAGCCCUGGAGAUGAACAUGUCGCUCAGCAGCAGAUACUUGGAGGAGCUCAGCCAGAGGUAUCGUAAACAAAUGGAGGAGAUGCAGCGGGCGUUCAACAUGACCAUCAUUAAACUGCAGAACACGUCCAGAAUUGCAGAGGAGCAGGAUCAGAAACAGACAGAGGCCAUCCAGAUGUUGCAGAGCCAGCUGGAGAAUGUCACCAAGCUCAUGCUUAACCUAUCGGUCACUGUGGGUCAGUUACAGAGAGAGGUGUCAGACAGGCAGAGUUACUUGGUGGUGUCUCUGGUGUUGUGUCUGGCUCUGGGCCUGCUGUUGUGUGUGCAGUGCUGCUGCAGCUCCUCCAAUAACAGAAGUGCUGUGAUCCCUGUGAGCAACCACUACCCCAGUCCCAAGAGGUGUUUCUCCUCUUAUGAUGACAUGAGUUUGAAGCGGAAAGUUUCAUGCCCCCUCAUACGGUCCAAGUCACUUCAGCUUCCCCCUUCAGAUGUAGGUCCUGAUGACUUGUACAUUGUAGAACCUCUAAGGUUUUCUCCAGAGAAAAAGAAAAAGCGCUGCAAAAUGAAAGGAGGAGAGAAAGCGCCUCUGACGGUUGCUAACUGCAGCCCUGAUGGCGAGAGUGUAAGCGUGCCACAAUUCCUGCUGACAGCCUGCGACCGCGACGCACCCACCUGCUCAUCCAGAGAGGGCGUGGCAGAGGGCAGCUCUGAAGGCUCAUCCUCAUCCUCCUCCUCAUCUACAGCGUCAGAUGAGUCCAACUCCAGUAUCCCUCCCGUUAAUGGCCACUGUGUGGGUCUAAAUGACGGGCAGCUCCCAAUGACCAAGAGCAAGACCGAGAAGAGGUCUUUGAAGCGCCGGCGGUCUAAAAUGGCUGAUCAGCAACAGCAGCCACAGUCACGUGGGCACUACGGCGCAGGGUUACUGCACGCCCCCGUUCCGGUGACGACGUGCGUCAUACCGACGCUUCAGCAGCUGAUGAAGAGAAAACAGGAACUCGGCAUGGGGACUUUUGGAGUAACAGCCGUCACUGGCCAUGUCUGAGAACUUUCUUCAGCGCUAUCUCACACGCAUCUAACACACAGCUUUAUAGACCGAAAAAGUCGAUUGAAUCGCGCCAUCAACUAGGAGGAAGUGGGUGAUGUUAUCGUGUUAUCCCCCCCCCCCCCCCCCCCUUUCACCAAGCCAGACUCUGCCACGUACGCUCGAGCACAGAGAGAAAUUUGGACUCCAUGACAGUAACGCAACUCUCCUUUCCCUCCAGUAUCUUUAUCCUUCCGUUCUAAAAUCUUCUCCUUUUUCAUGUGCCUUUAUUUUCCGUUAACAAACUGAAAACAGACCACAGAUCAAGGUGAAGGGUCUUUUUUUUUUUUUAAAUUUUAUUAUUAUUAUUUUUUUUUUUCCCUCUUUUCUUUCCCCUCCUGAUUUUUGCAGCAUUUUAUCUCUAAAGGGGAUGGAAUACAAAAAGAAAUACUAACUUUUGAGAAGUGGACUUUCUCCAAACCCUCUUCCUACACACUACCACAUUAUCUCGGGCCAUGCUCUUCUUUUUACACCCACUCUGAUUUUCAGUACAGACCAGUGUUAGCUUCGUUCUCUAGUGUUCACACUUUCCCCUCUGUUGGGAAACAGGUUUAUUUUUACUUGCACACUCCCUCUUGUAUGCUUUCUCUUCUGUGUGCAUCUAUGUGAAACUCUAGUUGUAUCGUGUGUGUGUGUGUGUGUGUGUGUGUGUGGAUCACAUAGCAAGUGCCUCUGUAGCACUUUAACAUCCAUCAGUCCAGUGAGCAGAACUGAAUGAAGAACAGAUCCAGCCAUUUUCUUUGCCUGUUCAUUUUGUGCUGCUUGCUCUUUCUUUUUUUUCUGCUCCUCUUCCUUUCUGUCUUUUCCUCUUCCAUUCUCAGAUUUGUUUUGAAGUGUUAAAUUAACAAGUUCAGGCAGGGCCUGAACGCCACAAACGUGUGUGUGUGUGUUCACGCACACACACCCACCCACACUCUCAUAUAGACCUGAAAAACACGACUGUAUUCUUAUACAAUUCAUUCAGGCAUUUUCCUGCAUCCAGACUCCAGUUUGUUUCCUUGGCUUUCUCUACCUUUAGUUCUUUUUCAACAGUAAGGAAAGUUUAUUAAUAUUUUUAUUCCAAACGGUCAGUUACGUGUACAUUCUUCUAUCUGUUACCGGUACCUUUAUAAAUAAAUAACUAUGUCUCUAUAAAGUGUUUGUCCUGACCCCCCCCACCCCCUACACCCCCGCCGCACAGUGGACACUGUGUGUAGUUUUAUUUAUAUAUUUAUUUAUUACACUGUUGACUUAGGCUGUUUGAACUUAGGGUCAGGGGUUAAUAGAGGGAAUUUUAGCCUGUAGGGUGUCUUAAAUAUUUAUUGAAAAUCAUUAUCGUACACACGCGCGUAGUUGUGGAACAUGCAGUGGUACACCUGUUUUCUUCUUGUUUUCUGCCACCUUCUUUAUGUAAUCCUAAAGAAAGCUGGAGUCAAAAGCGCUAGCCAAAUGCCACCCCGCACACGCACACACCAUGCAGAUCCUUUAAAUAUUCGACUAGAUUCACUAUCACUAAUUCUUAGUAUUUUCUAAUGUGAUGAGCCUGGUGUAAGACACUGGUUAGAAACUGUCGUGUGUUAUGGGUGUUUGUUGAUGGAUCUGUUCUGAUGAGUUCUUCAUUGUAUUUGUUGCAAUUUUAAUCGUGUGUGUGUGUGUGGAAAGCUGCUCGAUUUCUAAUCUGCAUUUUCGUAUUAUAUUUGUGAAAACACUUGCAUCUUUCUCAUUCCUUAUAUAUGCCACUGUACAUGAAGCAUUCUUUAACUGUUUCGCUUCCUCUUUAUUUAUGUCUCUCACUUAUCUGUGUUUGUGUGUGUCCCUCUUUGACCGGCUCACUGGACUGCUCAACAGCCCACUCUAGAUUUAUGCCAUUAACUCAUUUUGGUCAUGCGUAGUCUCGGCUAAAAAAUUAUUUUUCCCCACUCCUUCAUUUCAGCUUGUCUGUGAUCAGUGCUCUGUAAAGAAUGUGAACUUUGUCUGAAUGGUAACAAAGGGAAUGAUGGUUCAGGUGGUUUCAAACACCAUCUUGAGUUAUUCUACAUUCAGAGGGAGGUUGUGGUGGUUUUUUUUUUUUUUUUUUUUUUUUUUUUUUUUUUUUUUUUUUAAAUAUAUGUUUAAUCAUGAUCUCCUUUCUAUAUUGUUUUGAAUGUAUAUGAAAAUGUGUUUGUAAUUUGUUUCCAGUGUGUAUGGGUGUUUUUAAAGCUGCAUGGAAGAUUAACCGUAUAACCCCAGUGAUCAGAGCCCUGUGUUUCAGGCUCCUACUCCCUCAGCACUUUGGAGAACUCCUCAUGCCCUUUUUUUUUUUUUUUUUUUUUUUUUUAAACACACUAGCACUUGUUUAAAGUGCUUCUUCUCCACCAUGCUUUUCUUGGUGUCGUCUAGUGGCCAUGGGCUCAUUUAUUUAAGUGGCCAAUAGAAGACACCAAAUUGUACACCAGAUAAUCUGUGAGGAUGAGAUGCACAGGUUGUUGUUGUGUUUUUUUUUUUUUUUUUUUUUUUUAAAUAAUUAUUUUUGGAGACAGGUUUAACUAACUACAGUGAUGUAGUGCCAAUAGAAACUGUGAAUUUCUAAAUAAAGACACUUUUUUUUCUUUUCUUUUC